AAUUCGCACAAGAUUUGUACUUUGAACAAAGUACUCCAUAUCAAAUCAAAUACCAUGAAAGUAAGGAAUUAGGAUAAGGCCUUACAUACAAACUUAUACAAGUUUCAAGGAACAAAGCAGCGGCUCUAAGGCCCGUCCACUGUCCAACCUAAGUAUGAAGUUUGAAGUCUAGGGCACUCAAAUCCAUUCUUCUCUCCUCUUUCACUCCCCUUCUUCUCGACUUCUCUCCUUUUCGCUAUCUGAAAAUCUUUCGGUUGAAUAAUGGCUGAACCAUCUAAGGUUAUUCAUGUACGUAAUGUUGGACAUGAAAUUUCUGAGAAUGAUUUGCUUCAGCUCUUUCAACCAUUUGGGGUUGUCACAAAACUUGUGAUGUUGCGUGCAAAAAAUCAGGCUCUUGUUCAAAUGCAAGAUGUUCCGUCAGCCGUCAAUGUGCUACAAUGCUACACCAAUACUCAACCCGCUAUUAGGGGAAGGAAUGUUUAUAUUCAAUUCUCAUCACAUCAAGAAUUAACGACAAUGGAUCAAAAUGCACAGGGGCGAGGGGAUGAGCCCAAUCGAAUUCUUUUAGUUACAAUUCAUCAAAUGAUCUAUCCAAUAACUGUGGACGUGCUACAUCAAGUUUUUUCUCCUCAUGGAUCUGUGGAGAAGAUUGUCACAUUUCAGAAGUCAGCUGUUUCUUCUGCAUAUGCUUUUUCUGUAGGUUUCCAAGCCCUUAUCCAAUAUGAAUCACGUCAAAGCGCGGUUACCGCUCGAAAUUUGCUUCAGGGACGCAAUAUCUAUGACGGUUGUUGCCAACUGGAUAUCCAAUUUUCAAAUCUUGAAGAGUUGCAAGUGAAUUAUAACAAUGAGCGAACAAGGGAUUUCACAAAUCCAUCCUUGCCUUCAGAACCAAAAGGCAGAUCUCCUCAGCCUGGCUAUGCAGAUGGUGGUGGUUUGUAUUCUUUUCCGGCAGGUGGUGCACCUGUUGCAUUUCCACAGAUGGCAAACCAUGCAGCUAUUGCGGCUGCGUUUGGUGGUGUUUUCCCCCCUGGAAUUACAGGAACGAAUGACAGAUGCACAGUCCUUGUUUCUAAUCUUAAUCCUGAUAGAAUAGAUGAGGAUAAACUUUUCAAUUUAUUCUCUCUUUAUGGGAACAUAGUGAGGAUUAAACUUCUUCGUAACAAGCCUGAUCAUGCCCUUGUUCAAAUGUGUGAUGGCUUCCAAGCGGAAUUGGUUGUUUAUUUUCUGAAGGGAAUUCAACUCUUCGGCAAAAGAUUAGAUGUUAACUUUUCCAGAUACCCUCAAAUCACAUCAGGAGCCGACACCCAUGAAUAUCUCAACUCGAACCUUAACCGAUUCAACCGCAAUGCAGCCAAGAAUUACCGCUACUGCUGUUCUCCUACUAAAAUGAUUCACUUGUCCUCAAUUCCCCAGGAUAUCACCGAGGAAGAGAUAGUGAGUCACUUGGAGGAGCACGGUACUAUUGUUAGCAACAAAAUUUUUGAGACUAAUGGCAAGAAGCAAGCCCUUGUUUUGUUCGAGAAUGAGGAGCAAGCAACUGAAGCCCUUGUCUGCAAGAAUGCUACCACCCUUGAUGGUUCGGUCAUUCGCAUCUCAUUCUCUCAGUCACAGGCAAUCUAAAGACUGAUAUGAUCAAUCGACGAGCCUGUGUUUCACUUUCACAAUUGUAAACCAUCAUGGUACGGUGUCGACUGUGGAGUGUUCGUGGGAACUCUGUAUUUUUAUCCUUUUUAAUGCACUUAGGUUUAUCACCAUUUCUUUUAUAUCGCUCACAUCUUUUCGUUCUUGAAUGUAUAUUUGCUGGUUUGCUGCUCGAAGAUCAUUACUUAUAAGUCUAGACUCUACUGUUUUCUGUCGCAUGUAUGCAUUGCUUAAAUUUGUAUACCAGAUCAUUUCUUUUGCAAAUAUAUUAUUGAAAGUAUUAGAAAUA